AUCAUUGAAAGUGCCCUGGUAGAAUAAAUCAGAUUGGGUUUAUUUAGUUAGUUUUAUUUUCGUUGAACCACCCAAAAUAAGAGUAAAGUUGAGAAACGCUCAGAAUUAAAGCCACAACCUUUAACCGAAAAGGCCAAUCACCGCACAACAAAGCCGAGUGAGAGCAAACGAAAUGGCCGACAAAGCUGCAGCGCCCUCUGUGGACUGUGCGGCGCCAUCUGUGGACUGUGCGACGCCUGCAAUACCAGCCGUGGAGGAUCACACCACGCUGACCGUUCCACCUGCUUCAGCGAACAAAGCCACGGACGCUUCCACUUCCACUGCCGUCCAAGUGGCCGUCGAUGGGGGGGAGCCGGAACGCUGCUGCUGGAUCUGCUUCGCCACCGAUGAGGACAACCGUCUGGCGGCGUGGGUGAAGCCCUGUCAGUGCCGCGGCACCACCAAGUGGGUGCACCAGAGCUGCCUCUACCGCUGGAUCGAUGAAAAAACCCAGAAGGGUAACGCUCUACGCACUGUAUCGUGUCCGCAGUGCCAAACGGAGUACAUCAUAGUGUUCCCGCAGAUGGGCAAGCUUGGAGGUGCUUUAGAGGCAAUAGAUAACCUCAUCAAGCGCCUGAGCCCCUUCCUGGCGGCUGGUUUCUUCGUGGGCUCCCUCUACUGGACAGCAGUAACUUACGGAGCAGUCACAUUUUUACAGAUUGUCGGACAUGAGCACGGCAUGUCCAUAAUGGAGUCUGGAGAUCCGCUCGUUCUCCUUAUUGGGUUGCCGGCUAUUCCAGUGGGGCUUGUGCUUGGUCGAUUGAUUCGCUGGGAGGAUGCAUUGUUGCGUCUUAUUCGAAACCGCGGGACGGUGGUGCGGAAGUUUCCUUUUGUAAGCCUUAUUUAUCCGAACCUCAGCCAGGAAGAGGAACAGCAAAGCAUCAGCAAUCCGGCCACACCGGCUCUCUCUGACCCUGUCUCAGCCACGAGGGUCUUCUGCGGCGCUCUCUUGCUGCCCACCAUAUCGUCGAUCGUGGGACGUAUUCUCUUUGACACGGUUGAUAACACAUUGCAUCGUACUCUGCUUGGAGGUCUGACCUUUAUAACGGUCAAGGGAAUUCUGAAAAUUUAUUUGAAGCAGAAACAGUACGGCCGCCGCAAGAAGCGCCGAAUUGUGGACUACACUGAGGAAAAUAUUCGGAACUUCAUGCACCGCAACAAUAACUCGGCAGCAGCGGCGCGGCAGGAAAGGCUGCCCGAGCAGAGGCCAGUGCCACCAGCGGAGCGAAGGGACGCUGUAAUCACACGUCAACGCGGCGAUAGUGGUGGUAGCGUUGUCUAGAAGUAAUUGGAUUCAACUGUAGGGCCACUUAUUUUCUACGAGUUAUGGUUUGUUUUAAGUUAAUUGUUUUACCUCUUGCACUUUCAAGACGCUCACAUCACCACCUAAUUUAGGUGGACAAAAAUUUUUAAUUGUCUGCAGAUAACAAAGCUAAAUUUAUUGUUAAAGUACACUGUUUAAUGGCCGGAAAAUAAAUGUACAUUAAAACGCUGACGCUGACUAGCCCUGGAAAAUAAUUUGUGAAAAAUCCGCCAUGUCCUUGCGUAGAUAUAACAUUGAUAUAGAAGAUAAAGGAUUUAUAUAUGUAUAUGCUUCCACACCUUUGAAUUUAUACGUUACCUUUUUUAUAAAUUAAAAAGUUGCCUCUGUAAAUAAAUAAUACCCUCGGCUGUGGGUG